AUGGGUGAGACGAUAGGGUCAAUGUCUCCCAAAGAGCUUAGGAAUUUGGAAGGCAGACUAGACAGAAGUAUUAACCGAAUCCGGUCCAAGAAGAAUGAGCUCUUGUUCUCCGAAAUCGACUACAUGCAGAAGAGAGAAGUUGAUUUGCAUAACGAUAACCAGCUUCUUCGUGCUAAGGUGAAUGUACAUUACAUAGCUGAAAAUGAGAGGAACAAUCCGGGUAUGAAUCUGAUGCCAGGAGCAUCUAACUACGAGCAGCUUAUGCCACCGCCUCAAACGCAAUCCCAACAGUUUGAUUCACGGAACUAUUUCCAAGUCGCGGCAUUGCAACCUAACAAUCACCAUUACUCAUCCACGGGUCGCCACGACCAAACCGCUCUUCAGUUAGUGUAA